GUCUGGCGCUGCACCGCCAAUGAGACACUUCUCAAGAGGAUACUUUGUUAUGACAACAUUAAAUCCGAUGGAAAAAGGCAGCGCGCCGGAAUAAUGCAGCACGCGUUGUAUUUUAAAAGUGAAAAGAGAUCGAGAGGUGGGAGUGAAUCAGCAGAAACACCACAACAUGACCCAGCUUCAAACUCGUGCUCACUAGCGGGGAUCGGGGAGGCGGAUACACCGGGGAUGAUUCUGCUCUAAACCUUGUUUAACUUGUGGAUUGGACGGUCAUAGAUGCAAAGUGGUGCGCAACGAUGGGUACUCCAGCGCAUCCGGAGACCAGGAGGUUUACGCGGGGUUUGGGUAAGCCUGGCACCGCGGCUGAACUCAGGCAAAGUGUCUCUGAGGUGGUGAGGACCUCCGUGCUGAUUGUGAAGCCAAAGGUGAUCGAGCCGCUGGAAUAUGAAAAUGUGUUGGUGCAGAGGAAGACACAGAUCCUCAGUGAUGUCCUCCGGGACAUGCUACAGUUCCCCCUGGAGGACUUUGAGAUUUCAAUUUUGAGGCGCCAAGGGAGAACCCUCUACCCUACACUGCCGGAAAAUGCAGAGCAGGAGGCCCAGAGUGUGUUCGUCCAAGAGUGCAUCAAGACCUACAAAUCUGACUGGCAUGCUGUCAACUACAAGUAUGAGGACUUUUCUGGAGACUUUCGUCAGCUUCCAAACAAAGUGUCCAGGCCUGACAAACUGGCUGUCCAUGUCUUUGAGGUAGAUGAAGAUGUCGACAAAGAUGAGGAUACGGCCUCCCUAGGAUCCCAGAAAGGCGGGUUUUCCAAACAUGGCUGGCUGUACAAAGGAAACAUGAACAGUGCCAUCAGCGUCACCAUGAGGUCAUUCAAGAGGAGGUAUUUCCAUCUUACUCAGCUCGGGGACGGCUCUUAUAAUUUAAACUUCUACAAAGAUGAGAAGAUCUCCAAAGAGCCCAAAGGAACCAUCUUCUUGGACUCCUGUAUGGGUGUGGUUCAGAACACCAAGGUUCGACGGUUUGCUUUCGAGCUGAAGAUGCAGGAUAAGAGCACCUACCUGCUGGCCUCGGAAAGCGAGGCAGAGAUGGAGGACUGGAUCAACCUGCUCAACAAGAUCCUGCACAGCAGCUUUGAGAUCGCCAUGGCGGAGAAGAGGAAUGGAGACAUUCAUGAUGAUGAUGAUCUUGGAAAGUCCGACAGCUCCUCUGGCAGCAUGGACAGCUUUCAGAGUGCAAGAGAUAUCGAGUCCAGGAUGAGGAACGAGACCAGAUUGAAGCUGUUCACCCUGGACCCCGACACACAGAAACUAGAUUUCUCAGGAAUAGAGCCGGAUGUGAAGCAGUUUGAGGAGAAGUUUGGAAAGCGUGUGCUGGUGAACUGCAAUGACCUCUCAUUCAACCUGCAAAGCUGUGUUGCCGAGAACGAGGAGGGACCCACCACCAACGUGGAGCCAUUUUAUGUCACCCUGUCACUGUUUGACAUCCAGAACGGCAGGAAGAUCUCCUCGGACUUCCACGUGGACUUAAACCAUCCGUCUGUACGAGGCAUGCUGCCCAGUAACACCAGUCAGUAUAUGAACGGGGGAGGGGACACCCACCCUGAAGGGCAACGGUUAGUCCAUGGGGUGCCAGAGGCAGCGAUGCAGUAUCCGAGACAGGGUGUAUUCUCAGUAACGUGCCCCCACCCAGAUAUCUUCCUGGUGGCUCGCAUAGAGAAGGUGCUGCAGGGAGGAAUAAACCACUGUGCCGAGCCGUACACCAAGAGUUCAGACUCCACCAAGGUGGCACAGAAGGUCCUGAAAAAUGCAAAGCUGGCAUGUUGCCGGCUGGGCCAGUACAGGAUGCCUUUUGCCUGGGCAGCAAGGACUUUGUUCAAAGAUGCUUCAGGGACAUUGGACAAAAGUGCUCGUUUCUCCCCUCUGUACCGACAGGACAGCAACAAGCUAUCCAAUGACGAUGUGCUCAAACUGCUGGCUGAUUUCAGAAAGCCAGAGAAAAUGGCCAAGCUGCCUGUAAUCCUCGGAAACCUUGAUGUUACUAUUGACAAUGUAGCCCCCGACCUGACAAAUUGUGUUACCUCAUCCUACAUUCCUGUGAAGCAGUUUGAUGUCAGCCAGAAGACCAACAUCUUCUUCGAAGUGGAGGAGUUUGUGCCGUGCUUAGCCAAAUGUUCUCAGCCUUUCACCAUCUACAACAAUCACCUCUAUGUGUACCCGAGGCACUUGAAGUAUGACGGCCAAAAGUCAUUUGCAAAGGCUAGAAACGUAGCUGUCUGCAUUGAGUUCAAGGACUCAGAUGAGGAGGAGUCUGUUUCACUAAAGUGCAUCUAUGGCCGACCUGGAGGACCCUUGUUUACCAAAAAUGCCUUCGCUGCAGUAUUGCAUCACCAGCAUAACCCUGAGUUCUACGAUGAGUUUAAGAUUGAGCUGCCAACCCAGCUCCACGAAAAACACCAUCUGCUCUUCACCUUCUACCACGUCAGCUGUGAAAGCAACAACAAGGGCAGCACCAAAAAGAGAGACCUGGUUGAGACUCAAGUGGGCUACGCCUGGCUCCCCCUGCUGAAAGAUGGCCGGGUGACCAUGAAUGAGAGUCAGAUCCCUGUGGCUGCCAACCUGCCUGCUGGAUACCUCGGCUGUCAGGAGGGGGCCAGCAAGCAUUCAGGACCUGAGGUCAAAUGGGUGGAUGGAGGCAAGCCUUUAUUUAAGGUUGCCACUCACCUUGUGUCCACUGUCUACACUCAGGAUCAACAUUUGCACAAUUUCUUUGAUCACUGUCAGAGCACUGAAGCUGCACCCCAGGUGCCAGGAGGAGAAUUGGUCAAAUACCUGAAGAGCCUGCAUGCCAUGGAGAGCCAUGUGAUGAUUAAGUUCCUGCCCACCACCCUGAAUCAGCUGUUCAGGGUGCUAACCAGUGCCACCCAGGAGGAUGUAGCAGUCAAUGUAACCAGAGUCAUGAUUCACAUUGUAGCCCAGUGCCACGAGGAGGGGUUGGAGCACUACCUGAGGUCAUAUGUAAAGUUUGUAUUUAAGUCUGAGCCAGAAACAUCCUCCUCCAACCGGUUAGUGCACGAGGAGUUGGCUAAAGCCAUGACUGCUAUCUUGAAGCCUUCCACUGACUUCCUCACGAGCAACAAACUCCUCAAGUACUCCUGGUAUUUCUUUGAAGCCUUAGUGAAGUCCAUGGCUCAGUACUUGAUAGAGAGCUGUAAAGUGAAGCUGUCCAGGAAUCAGCGCUUCUCAGCAGCCUUCCAUCACACUGUGGAGACUCUGGUCAACAUGAUGAUGCCACACAUCACUCAGAAAUACAAAGACAACCUCGAUGCUGCCAGGAACGCUAACCACAGUCUGGCGGUCUUCAUCAAGCGCUGUUUCAACCUGAUGGACAGAGGCUUUGUGUUCAAGCAGAUCAACCACUAUUUCAACUGUUUUAUGCCUGGAGACCCAAAGACGCUGUUUGAGUUCAGGUUUGAGUUUCUGCGAGUGGUGUGCAACCACGAGCACUACGUCCCCUUAAACCUGCCCAUGCCUUUUGGAAAGGGAAGGAUAAUGAGAUUUCAAGCUUUAUUAUCUCCAAAUGAUACGGUGGAGUCAUGUGAUACUCUAGACCUCCAGAUGGAUUACUCGCUGACAGAUGACUUCUGUAAGAACCACUUCCUGGUCGGGCUGCUACUCAGGGAGGUCAGUACAGCUCUGCAGGAGUUCAGGGAGAUCCGUCAGAUAGCCAUCCAUGUGCUGAAGAACCUGAUGAUGAAACACACAUUUGAUGAGCGCUACUGCUCCAAGAGCCAGCAGGCCAGGUUGGCCACCCUGUACUUUCCCUUGUUUGGUCUGCUCCAGGAGAACGUCAACAGGCUGAAUGUGAAGGAAGUGUCUCCAUUCACCGUCAACCACUCCAACAAUGACCUACGGAGCCCUCAUAAGACCAACAACUUAUAUAAUGGAAAGGAUGAUUCUCUUCUUACCAACAUCUUGAUGACACCUCCCAGAUCUAGCACCUUUCUGGACACCAGCUUGCACAAAGAUGUUUUUGGAGUCAUCUCUGGCACAUCUUCACCUCACACAUCGUCGACGCCCAACAUUAACUCUGUUCGCCACGCAGACUCUCGCGGCUCACUCAUCAGCACUGACUCUGGAAACAGCCUACAUGAGAAGCACAAUGACAAGAGCAACUCCUUGGACAAGAACCAGGCUGCUUCAAACCUGGGCAGUUCCCUGCUGCGAUGUGAUAAACUGGACCAGGCAGAGAUCAAGAGCCUCCUCAUGUGCUUCUUACAUGUGCUCAAAAGCAUGUCUGAAGAUGCUCUGUUCACAUACUGGAACAAGGCUUCACCUGCUGAGUUAAUGGACUUCUUCACUCUAGUCGAAGUGUGCCUCCAUCAGUUCAAAUACAUGGGGAAGAGAUACAUUGCAAGGAACCAGGAUGGGGCAGGACCCGUAGCACAUGAGCGGAAGUCUCAGACUCUGCCUGUGUCCCGUAACAGGGCGGGAAUGAUGCAUGCCCGCUUACAGCAGCUCAGCAGCCUGGAUAACGCAAACACUUUUAACCACACCUACAGUCACUCGGAUGCAGACGUGUUGAAUCAGUCUCUGCUGGAAGCUAACAUCGCUACUGAAGUGUGUCUGACUGUCCUGGACACGCUAAGCAUCUUCAUCAUGGGAUUCAAAACCCAGCUGUGCUCAGACCACGGCCACAGUCCACUGAUGAAGAAGGUGUUUGAAGUCCACCUCUGUUUCCUCCGGAUCAAUCAGUCAGAGACGGCCCUCAAGCAGGUCUUCACUUCACUGCGCACCUUCAUCUACAAGUUUCCCUGCACUUUUUUUGAGGGGCGCGCUGACAUGUGUGCUGCUUUCUGCUGUGAGAUCUUGAAGUGUUGUAACUCCAAGCUGAGCUCCAUUCGCAGCGACGCAGCCCAUCUGCUCUACUUCCUCAUGAAGAGCAACUUUGACUACACAGGGCGCAAGUCUUUUGUCCGGACGCACUUACAGGUGGUGAUUGCUGUCAGUCAGUUGAUAGCUGAUGUGAUUGGUAUCGGCAGUACUCGCUUCCAGCAGUCUCUGUCGAUAAUCAACAACUGUGCGAACAGUGACAAAACUAUAAAGAACACAGCUUUCCCAUCAGAUGUGAAGGAUCUGACCAAACGCAUCAGAACGGUUCUGAUGGCCACGGCUCAGAUGAAGGAGCACGAGAGGGAUCCAGAGAUGCUGGUGGACCUGCAGUACAGCCUCGCCAAGUCUUACGCCAGCACGCCUGAACUACGCAAGACCUGGCUGGACAGCAUGGCCCGAAUCCACGUGAAGAACGGAGACAUGUCAGAGGCGGCCAUGUGCUAUGUGCACGUUGCAGCACUUGUGGCAGAAUACCUUCGGAGAAAAGGUACUUUCAUAAUUUUCACUUGCAUGCCAUACAGCAGCUCUUUUUGUGUGUCUUGUGUGAUUCUUACUUUCCUAAAUUGGCUAAUUGUUCAAAUGUUGCCUCAUCUUAUUCUGUUUGCAGGCAUGUUCAAACAGGGCUGCUCAGCUUUUAGAGUGGUGACUCCAAACAUUGAUGAAGAAGCAGCAAUGAUGGAGGACGUCGGCAUGCAGGACGUCCAUUUCAAUGAAGAUGUCCUAAUGGAGCUUUUGGAGGAGUGUGCAGAUGGACUGUGGAAGGCUGAGCGUUACGAGCUCAUCUCUGACAUCUACAAGCUCAUUAUACCCAUUUAUGAGAAGCGCAGGGACUUUGAGAAACUGGCCCACCUGUAUGACACGCUGCAUCGUGCAUACAGCAAAGUGACAGAGGUGAUGCACACAGGAAAGAGAUUGCUGGGCACCUACUUCAGAGUGGCUUUCUUCGGCCAGCAGUACCACUUUACAAACACAGAGCCUAAGGGCUUCUUUGAAGAUGAAGAUGGUAAGGAGUACAUCUACAAAGAACCUAAAUUCACUCCUCUGUCAGAGGUAUCUCAGCGGCUCCUUAAGCUGUACUCUGACAAGUUUGGACAGGAGAACGUGAAGAUGAUCCAGGACUCUGGCAGGAUUAACCCCAAAGACCUGGACUCUAAGUAUGCAUACAUCCAAGUGACACAUGUGACCCCUUACCUGGAGGAGAAGGAGGAAGUAGACAGGAAGACAGACUUCGAGAAGAGCCACAACAUCCGCCGCUUUGUGUUUGAGAUGCCUUUCACCAUAUCAGGCAAAAAGCAAGGCGGGGUGGAGGAGCAGUGCAAACGCAGGACGAUACUAACCACCACGCAUUGUUUCCCGUACGUAAAGAAACGUAUCGCAGUGAUGUAUCAACACCACACUGAUCUAAGUCCCAUCGAGGUGGCCAUUGAUGAGAUGAGCAAGAAGGUGGGCGAGAUCAAACAGCUGUGCUCCUCCAGUGACGUGGACAUGAUCCGUCUGCAGCUCAAACUGCAGGGCAGCAUCAGUGUGCAGGUUAACGCAGGGCCGCUUGCAUAUGCACGAGCUUUCCUGGACGAUGCAUGCGCCAAGAAGAAUCCAGAUAACAAGGUCAAACAGCUGAAAGAGGUCUUCAGGCACUUUGUGGAAGCCUGUGGUCACGGCUUGGGUAUUAAUGAGCGUCUGAUCAAAGAGGACCAACAGGAGUAUCACGAUGAGAUGAAAGCAAGCUAUAGAGACCUGGCCAGAGAGCUGUCAAUCAUCAUGCAUGAACAAAUCAGUCCUGUGGAAGAUGGCAUGAAGAGCGUUCUUCCAGACUCUCUUCACAUCUUUAACGCCAUCAGCCGCACGCCAACCAGUGCCACCAUCCACGGCAUCCCCAGCUCUUCCUCUGUGGUAUGAUGCUGGUUGACCCUUGAACUCAGCGCCCGCUAUACUCGCCAACCAGGCCUGCUGGUGAUGCCAUAUUGUCGCUUCUGACCCUGAUCCUGCUUCUCUUCAGUCAGCUCAAAGGGAAACUGUAAAAGGCACAGACCACUGACCACCUUCCUCGAGAACCAUGACCAAGGCACUGGACCUACUUUAUAUAUUAAUAUAUCCACGGCUUGGUCCCUGUGUUGGAGGUCUGUGACAGUACUGAGGUGAAGCCUAAGGGUCUUGCAGGACAGACUUUGUUCCUGUUUUAUGGCCAGACAUAUUGUGUCACCUAUUUCUACCUGAAAAGACUGGGCCGUGUUUCCAAGGAGACAUUCCUGUUGGGACCUUUAACAUGCAUGUCUUUACAUUACACCCACCACCCUCCCAACAGUCCAUUUUAUGUUUAUUUUGAUAAUGUUUCACAUGUGUUUUUUGUAUGUACAGUAUUCCACUUUUAUAUACCACUGUAUGAUGACAGUAUAUGCUGCGUCAACACUCCUCUCCUUGUACAUGAAGUUAUAUUUCUACUAAAAGGGCCUCCUAUGACACGUGUUAGCGUUCAACCUUAAAUCACUUCAAUGUCUUAGAACGGGAGCAUUUUUAAAUAUUUAAAGCCAUUGCAAACAAAAUAGUAUAUUCCACAAUGUUUAUUAAUGUAUAUAAAAAAAGGAGUGUGUGCAAUAUUUGUAUCUUGCUGUGUGGGGCUCAUACACUGUAAAGAUGAUGUUCACCUUAUUGCCAAAGCGAUGAGGUGUGGAUACAAACACUACGCCUACUGUGGAAGUAAUAAGAAGCUUUUACCAUUUUAGUGUUUAUUGAAAUGUUCAAGAAAUUGUUUUAUAUUUGGACAGCAAUGGGUUUUUUAUUUUUAUUUAACACAAAGUCACUGUUCUGCUGUAAACAGAGAUGUACCCUAAUGCUUUUCUUUUAAAUAAAACACACUCAUCUCUCUGCA